AUAUCACCCAUUCACUGCCAUUAUAAAGCUUUUUUUAUCAUUUAUCCCAAUGAACAGCUGUCAGUGUGUUUGCAUAGAGUGUAUGUUGAUAUCAUUCAAAAUCUUGUUGCCACAGGUAAACACAUACACCAGAUAACCUAUGGCUGUGAAUGGAAUGAUGAGACUGGAGAAACAAAUGUGUUUCGGCAGACUGGAUUUGAUGGAGAGGAUUUUAUGAUUCUGGAUUUGAAGAGGGAGAAAUGGAUCUCUCCAAUGAAGCAAGGAUUCAGCGCUCAAGAAAGGUGUAACAAUGAAUCCAUCCGUUUUCAGUACUGGAAAUACUACCUUCAAAAUGAUUGCAUCGAGUCUUUGAAGGAAUUACUGCAGCUUGCAAAGAGCUACCUGGAGAAAACAGUCUCUCCUCAGGUGUCUCUAUUGCAAAAGAAUGCAUCGUCUCCAGUCUUGUGUCACAUCACAGACUUUUAUCCCAGUAAUAUUGCAAUCACUUGGAUGAAAAACGGACAAGAGUAUUCUAAGGAUGUGAAGGUUGGUAAACUUCUUCCCAAUGAGGACAGAACCUUCCAGAAGACUGUAACCCUAAAGGCUGAACCUGAUGAAUGGAUGAAGAACGAGUACAGCUGUGUGGUGAAGCACCAGAGCAAAAUCAUCAGAAAGACACUAACAGAGAAUGAGAUCAGGACUAAUAUCAAAACACCUGAACCUGUUGGCAUGACUGUUGCUGUUGCUUCUAUGGUGUCUCUGUUGCUGUUGGUCAUCGUUGCUGUUCUUGGGUAUUUCAUAUACAGUAUUGUUCAAAAU